AUGCCGCCUAGGCGAAAUCUUUCAUAUAAAAAAGAAAAACUUAAUAGGCAACGCAUCAAAAAACGCUUCAUUCAACAACCCAUUACAAGACAUAAAGAUACGGAAAAGGUGAUCUAUCAGCCAAUAUCCAUCACAAAACAUGAAGAUACAGAAAAGGUGAUCCAUCAUCAAAUAUUCGCCGCAAUAAAUGAAGAUACGGAAAAGGUGACCUAUUAUCAAAUACCCGAAUUAGCAAAA